AUGUCUCUUCGUUUAGCUACAAUCACUCGGACGAAAUCCGAGGAGUUCACCACAUUCAGGCCGCGAUCGCCCUUAGUGUACGUUCCGCUGCUGCUGAGCUUGGGAUUAUUCACCUUUCUUUUCUUCGCGUCUCUCGCUUACGAAUCACGCGACGCGUGCUCGUCGCUGGACGGUCGCGAUGAUGACGGGUUGAGCUGCGGGUUUCUGCCGAAGCUCUUCUCGCUCGUGUCCAAUGAGAGCCUCGCGUUGCACCUUCAGAAGCUCACCGCCAAGCCGCACAUCGCGGGCACCCCCGAAAACUUUGAAACUGCCCGCUACGUCAAGGAGAAAUUCGAGUCGUACGGCUUGCGAGCGCACUACGCGGACUACCCCGUGCUGCUCUCCUAUCCGCUGCGCCAGUCGCUGCGCCUCGUGCGCCCCGUCGCGCGCAGCUUCUCGCUGCGCGAGCAGCCCGUCCCCGGCGACCCGUUUAGCGCCUCGCGCGCCGCCACCGACCCUUUCAACGCGUACUCCGGCAGCGGGAGGGUCGGCGGGGGGGUGCGCAGAAGGGUUGGCGGAAAGGGGGAGGGAGAAGCGGAGGCGGAGGGGGAAGGAGCGGGAGAGGCGGAAGGAGCGGCGGUGGUGUAUGCGAAUUAUGGGCGCAUGGAGGACUUUGAGACGCUGGUGGCGGCGAUUGGGGAGGAGCAGGUGAAAGGCACAGUGGCGCUGAUUCGUUAUGGGAAGAACUUCAGAGGGGAUAAGGUUCGGAAUGCGGAGAGGUUCGACAUGGCAGCAGUGCUACUGUACUCGGAUCCAGCGGACUAUGCGCCAGAGGGCACGGAGGAGGCUUAUGUGUACCCGCACAACCAAUGGCUGCCCGCCACUGGCGCGCAGCGAGGCACCGUCUACACAGCCACUCCGCUCCUUCCCUAUCCCUUCAUCCUUCCCUCCAGGCAAGGGCGACCCAGCCACCCCGGGUGGCCAUCCCACCCCAGUGGGGAGAGGCUGAGCGAUGAGCAGACGGCGAAGCGCCUGCCACGGAUCCCCGUGCUGCCCGUGGGGUACAGCGUGGCGGCGGCUGUCAUGGCGCACAUGGGGGGGCAGGGGGUGCCGCAGGACUGGCGUGGCGGCAUGCUGGGCGUGCACUAUGUGUUUGGCCCGGGACCCGCUGCAGUUGACCUGGAGGUGCAGGUGAGAGCGCCUUAG